AUGCUUUUGUCCGAUCCAGAAUGUGCAACACUGACUCAAAUGUUACUCUCUGGUGUUCGACUCGAUGGACGAACAUUAAAAGAAUAUCGCGAAAUUAACUUUCGCUUUCCAAGCGGCCACCCAUGUGGUGGCUGUUGUAUUGUUAACAUUGGGUCAACUUCGGUACUUGCCAAGGUUUCAGCAGAAAUUGUUGAACCAAAACAUUAUAGACCUGCCCAAGGCGUUGUUUUCGUUAACUUUGAUGCUUCAAUAGUUUCAUUUUUGGAAGGUAAGCGCAAGGGUCGGAGUCGUGACGAUGAAGGCCGCCGUCUGUCUUCCGUCCUCCAAAUAUGCUUCCGAGAUUGUAUUGACGUUGACGCACUCUGUAUCGUUGCGUGGGAGAGGGUAUUCGCCAUUCGCAUUGACCUAAGAGCUCUUUCCUUCGAUGGUAAUUUGGGUGACUGUGGGGCGCUCGCUGCAGUUGCUGCUUUGGCCUCAUUUCGAAGACCGGACGUCGUCGUUGACACUGAGAUGAAGCGUCGACCGCCAGUGCGACUGAACAUGCGUAGAAUCCCGGUCCUCGUAACCCUUGGCCUGGCCUCGGACACCAAGAUCAUUCUCCAGGACCCUACGCAGCGGGAAGAAUCGAUAAUGACCGGUGGUCGUGUGAUGGUCGGUCUCACUGGACAUGGUGAACUGUGUUGUGUCCACACAUCGGGUCUGACAACGCCUAUCCGACCCGAGAGUCUGUCCAGGUGCAUUGUUUUGGCUAAUGCACGCGCAAAAUCACUAGUUGCUCUCCUACACCGAGUCAUCGAUGCUUUCGAACGCAAAUAUGUGGAAACGACUGCUGCGCGAUCCAGUGACCUUGACGUAGCCAAUCGCGACCUCUCGGACUUGAACCUCACUGCAAGCUCUACUUACUUCUUACCAGGCGGGAAGAACGCGCCUGAAGGAUUAGCCCAUGUUGAAGAGGGCGAAUUAAUGUCUGGAGAAGACGAUGACUUCGACAUGGAGGUAUGUUCCACCGAAAAAUCAUCGGAGGGAGAGGUGGUUGAUAAUCCUUUGUCAAGAGACCCGUAUGGGGUUAUUGAAGUCUCGAGUCUACUUGCGCAUCAAGAAAGGCCGGUGGGGAGCGUAGAUGAUAACAACGGCGAUCUGGGCUUUCAGUCGAUCGAAUCAGACUCUGCGGCCCUUACGCGUUCACUUCUACCACACAGAGGAAUUAAAAGAAUCACUAAGGGGAGUAAGAAGAGAGAAGUUUUGGAUGAAGAGGAAGAGGAGGGAACUGAUGUUGUACAAUUGUAUUAA